CCGGUUUGAAACUGGAGCUGGUUGGAAUUCAAGGACAUAAAGCUGCUCAGAAAAUCCAGAGGAAGAAGUCAAAGAAAGAACUGAUGCAUUUCUGUCAGAGCGAUGGUGCUGAUGUCUUUCCGGAUGGGGGUUGGUGGAACAGAUGAGAGCUCCUCCCUCUUGAUUCAAAGGGGAACAGUGGGCACCAGCUGAAAGGAGGGAGUGGAAAUGAGAAAACUUCUCUGCACGUUUCUCCUUUCCAAGAACAAAGACACGACUCCAUGAACAGCAGAAGAGUUUGAAAACACGCCCGAAACUGCAGCACCACCUGCAAAAAGAUGCUUCCUCUUCAGGCUCCGCCCCUCCACAUCAAGAGCUGCAAGGAGGAGAAAGAUCUGCAUUUGUGUUGAGCUGUUAGGGGGUCAGAUCUUUAGGAACAUGCUAUCAAUGAAAUUAGGAAGUAAAAUGUUUUUUUCUCCAGGAAAGUUGCAAGCAAACAUUAUUUAAACUAAAGUAACUUGGGCUGCAUGCUGGUGUAGUGGUUAGCACUCUUGCCUCACAGUAUAAAGUCACUUGUUUGAAUCCCAGCUGGGUCCUUUCUGUGCAUGUUCUCCUUGUGCAUGUGUGGACUUUCUCUGGAGGGAAAAACUGUCAGGGCAUAUUUGUUUAAGAAAGUGAGAAAAUGUCAAGUUUACUAGAUAAUAUUCACAAUCUAAGUUCAAAGCAGCUUAACUCUGAUGACCCAGAAUUCUAGCAGCAUUUAAAUGCAUCAUUUACACAUGUGAAGAGUUUCACAUCAGAUUUGUGCGUUGAUGUGGCUUUGUGUGUGUAUCAGGUGAUUUGUGCGUACCUUUUAAAGAGUUGUGUGUGCAGUUAGUGCUAAGCUGCUAUAGUUUUAAGUCUUGCUAGUGUAAAUUAUAUUAAGUAUUUUAUUAAUUUAAUUAAAUUAAAUUAAAUAUAUAUAUAUAUUACCCAUACACACCUUUGGGUUUUAAAGUCAUUUUUACAUUGAAAAACCGUGUUGUUUGGGUUCAAGAUUUUUUUUCAUCAACGUUAUUUUUUUUUUAAUUAAAUUGUUGAUUUUAAUUUGCAGCGCUUUUUCUUUUGACGUUCCUGCCGUGACCCGGAAGUAAACAAAACAAAGUGCUAGCAACGUUAACAGCAUUAGCUCGUCUUGGGUUGACGGUGGUGUUCUGGUAGGAUGUUUUGUGGUUUGUGAGGUGAUGUACCGAUACGUGGUUCGGUUCCGAACAAUCCUCUUUAACUAAAGUGUCGUAAAUGAGUGAAUACGUGUUGAACGUAAAGACAACGUGGCUGUGAUUGUGAGACUAGCAGAUGAUCGGAGCUGCUGCUGUUCAGAGGACUUUGGUGUUUGUUGGAGCUGAACAUCGUCUACAGCUGCAGGAACCAUGUCUUCAGAACCUCAGGAAGAUUCUGACAGCGAACAGAUUCCUUCUGAUGAAGGAAACGUCGUCCAGAACGAGCAGGAGCUCCGUCGUCAGGACAGACUGCUGGAUUUCAUGAAAGAACAGCUUCAGCUCAACGUCAUCGUCCUCCCUAAGACUGAAGAGGAGGAUCUCUGCAGCCAGCAAAGGAACUCCAGAGUGGUACAGGAGGAACCAGAACCUCUACAGGUUAAGAAGGAACUGCAGGAACCAGAACUUUGGCUUAUUGAAGAGCGACAAAAAGAGCAAGAACUUCCACAGAUUAAAGAGGAGCUGGAAGAUCGAGGACUUUCACAAAUUAAAGAGGAGCAAGAGGUACUGCCACACAUUAAAGAGGAGCAGGAGGAACAAGAACCUCCACAGAUUAAAGAAGAGCAAGAAGAACUCUGCAUCAGUCCGGAUGAAGAGCAGCUUGCUUUGAAGCAGGAGACUGAAACUUUGAUGGAGAUUUCUACUUAUGAGGAACAUGAGUACAAUGUAGCAGAUCUCAACAAUCCGCAGAGCUUUUAUUUUACCAAUUGUCAGGACGAAGAAGGAAGCCAACAUGAAGAAUCAACAUCCACUACAGAUGAAGAGACAGACCCACAGAAUAGAGAUCAGAGGCAGAGAAAAAACAGAGGCCAUGUCCAAAACGUGAGGGGCUCUCACAUGUUAGAAAGUCAGUGUGACUCUGAUGUUGGUAAAAAUUCAAAAGAGGCAUGUAUGGGUAGAAAGCACAAACAAUCUCCAAAGAAAAAUAGACUUUCCUCUCUGAAGUCUGGUAAAAGAACAACAAUUGCACACAAUAGUUCUGUCCACAUCGGAACAGAGUCUGAAAAAAGACCUUAUGUCUGUAAGGAAUGUGGUAAAGUUUUUUCUUACUGGUGUCACUUCACAUUUCACCAGAGAAUCCACACAGGUGAGAAGCCUUUUACUUGUGAAGUAUGUGAUGCAAGAUUUGGUCAAAUGUCUUAUCUCAGAACACACAUGAGAACUCACACAGGAGAGAGACCUUAUUCUUGUAAAGAAUGUGAUUCAAGUUUUAGUCAUGUAUCUAAUUUCAAAAAACACAUGAGAAUUCACACAGGUGAGAAGCCUUUUUCUUGUACUGAAUGUGAUGCAAGAUUUAGUGUAAUGUCUGAGCUCAAAACCCACAUGAGAACUCACACAGGAGAAAAGCCUUUUUCUUGUAACGAAUGCGAGGCAAGUUUUUGUCAAAUAUCUAAUCUCAAAAGGCACAUGAGAAUUCACACAGGAGAGAAGCCUUUCUCUUGUAAAGAAUGUAAUUUGAGUUUUAGUCACACAUCUAAUCUUAAAAUUCACAUGAGAACUCACACAGGAGAGAAGCCCUUUUCCUGUGAAUUAUGUGAUUCAGCUUUCAGUCAAAACUCUACUCUCAAAAAACACAUGAGAACUCAUACAGGAGAGAGGCCUUUUACUUGUGAAACAUGUUAUAAAAGUUUUAGUCAAAUGGCUACUCUCAAAAACCACAUGAGAACCCAUACAUGAGCGAAGCCUUUUUACUUAUCAAGCAAUGUAAAAUGUAUAUAGUGUAAAAUCCAAACUUAGGAACACUUUACAUGAGAAAGGAGAGAGAUUGCAAAACACAAAGUUAAGACUGGCACAAGAGCAUAAAAAAAAUAAUUGUACACAUAACUAUUUCAUUUAGAUUAAAAUAUUUUAAGCGUUGUAGAUUCUGAUGUUAUUUUACAGCAUGACUUUGCACCUUUUCACACUGUCAAAAAUACUUACAUUUAAAGCUAUGAACUGUUUUAGGAGGAAGAGACACCAGACCCAACAAUAAAGAUGACCCGAAGUCAGCUAUCAAAGCAACUUGAGCUCUCAUACAUGUACAUAGAGCCACAGACUGAUGGCCUAAUACCAUGAAGCUUGGAUGCAAUAAUUUAAAUUGUAAUAGGCACAAGUGAGUAUUCAAUGAGUAGAAAUUAGCAUUUUGCUGUUGCAUGUGUGGUGAAAACAUCUUUUUAAAUUAUUCUUAUAUAUUUACAUUUUCUAAGAUGCUAUUUUCUAGCUUUUCAUCAUCUACAGCCACAAUUAUCAAAAUCCAAAAAGUAAAAGAUCAUUUAUAUUACUCUUUGUAAAACAAUUACAUUCAAAUUAAUUUCAUUGUUUGAAUUGAUUGACAAAAAAAGCUAAAAUUCACAAAAUUAAUUAUUUUAGAUGUACCUGUACAAAUAAAGGUUUGAGGUAUGUCUUUAUAUCUUGAAUAUUUUAACUAUGAUUGCAGUAUAUGCUUGGGUGUGUAUGUUGUCUAAAAAAGUGUUAAAAUUAAACACUUUUUUAUGUGAUCAGUGAACAUUUCAUUAUUAUUUUUGAUUAAAAAGUAGUGAUUGCUGUUUAAAUUUUGAUGGAUUAAGUAUUUUUAUUUUAUUGGGUUUUUUCUUUUUAGAAGAAGAAGAUUUUUCCAAAAAUGUAAAAAGAAAGAGGCGGAUAAAGAAACAGACUGAUGUCUUGUGCUUAUUCAAUUCAAUUUGAUCUAUUCAGUCCUAAUACACAACACAGUUGUUUCAAUGGGCUUUAAUUUGGUAAUUGCCCAAAAACAUAAAAUCAGUCAUAAAAUAUAAACAGUAGCUGAUUGCUAAACAAAACUGGUCAUCCUUGCUCUAAGACCCUCUUUCUCGGUAAGGAAAAACUCCUAAAAAAAUGAAGGAGGGAUCCUCUCCCUGGACAGAUGGGAGAUGCACCAGGACUGUUAAAGAAGAAUUAGCUUCUCAACUCUACAACUACAUGUUUGAACAGUCUAGCAGAUGGGCUUCAUCCAGAUGGAACUGGUGGUGCGAGAAGAGCAAAGGCGAGGUCCACAGACGAGCCACAUUGAAUCUGGAAUCUCUCGGAAAGAGGAACAACAAAUGAAUCGCACUGCACCAAACAGAGGCAUGGAGAACUAAAUGAAAAAUAAAUGCUAAAAAAUAGUGGGGUAGAUGGAAAUAUAAGACAGACGGUUUAAAUAGUGGAUGGUAAUAAUAAUUACAGUAAUAGGAAAUCCAUAGUAUUAGCAUAACAAUAUUAAUAUAAUAUUAAUCUUGGCCACAGCAGGGGGAAUAGGCCGACUUGGCUCGGUUUAGGAAAUCGUCUUCCUUCUGCUUAGCUCUGUGGAGAAAUAUUUAUAACGGUUGUAAGGAAAAUCCUAAGUAUUCCUCCAAGCUUCAUCACAGUAGGUGAGAUAGAGGAGCACUGAGUGAAAUAUUCUCUGAAUGUGGAAACUGUGCUGGCCUCUCUUACAUGAGCUGAGAGCUUGUUCUAAAGCAGCUUGGUGGCUGAAAGCUCGGCCUUCAAACUGUACAUCUAGAAAUUCUAGAAACCACAAGCAGUCCUGUAUUUUGUAAGCGAAGUGUUCUGAUUGGUUGGUUAGGCACUAUGAGAUGUUUCCAACAAAGUUGGAUAUUAGCAAAUCGGGCAAUUAAAUAACAGGAGCAACAGAAGCUACGACUACUGGUUAACGCUCACCCAGAAAUGACGUCUGACGUCGAUCAACAUCAUUAACGAAAAUCAUUUUAUCAUGUGAUUCCUGUUUUCUAGUAGAGAUUAGAAGUGUUUCUCUGUUCUUUUUAGUUCAGUGUUCUGUCUCAAUCUUUCCUGUGAAGAAUAAAGUGGACGUGAACAUCA